AUGAGGAGGUUCAAAAGGGGGAACUAUUGUUUUUUCAGACUUGAGCAUCAGUUGGAUCCUCCUAUAGACUCAACAGAGCAACAUCCACAGUACAGACAGAGGCUGCUGAUCAGCACAGAUGAGAUGAACGUUCUUCUGGUCAUCACCGUUAUGUUCGCUCUCCUCCAUCUGGGGAAAAAUCAAUCCUGCACGACAAAAAGUGGCCAAGAUGAGUACAAGGACUUUGUGAAGAAACACUUUGUUCAGAAGAAAUUUGACAGGAAAUCAAGGGUUCAAUGGAAGAAGUACAUAGAAGAUAAAGGCCUGUGUCACAGAGAGGAGCAGUCCUUCCUCGAGCAGGAGGAUCAGAAAAACGUCGAGGCGAUCUGUGGUGUCAAAGGCCACCAGGUACAGGACAUCUACCAGCCAAAGCAGAAAAACCUAUGCAUCAGUACUGGGAAGAUGAUUAUGUAUCAUUUGAAAGUCGAAAACAAGUGUGAGGUUACAGUUUGUCGGCGUGAAAAAACACCGGUGGUUGUGGCUUGUAAUAAAGUUGCAAACAAGUGCCUUCCUGUACACUUUCAGGAGUUUGCAAAACAAAAAGCAGGUACCACCUCCUGCAAUGGAGGCUGAGUUCCUGGAGCUGUUUAACAUUGGAUCCCAGUUGUUGGCUCAUUGUUUACCUGACAGCUAAAACUUCUUUCAAGCUCAUAGUUAAAGCCUUUAUUCAUUUAUACUACCUAAUGUUUUAAGCCUGUUGAAUGCAACACUGAUAAUGAUCCAAAUCAAUAGGCCGCAUGUCUACAUGAUUCACUUUUCCACAAUGAGUUGACUUUUUAAUUUGUCUCCCUUCGGCUAGAGAAGCUUGCUUUCUGCAUUAAACAUUUGUAAAAUUGGUCUGCAGUAGUUCAGAAAUAAAAGC